AUGUCGACCUCAUCGUGUCCCACCCCUGUGUGCCCCGUUUGCAAAGCUCACGAGACUUGUCGGUUUAUCCUUCAAUCCGUGAAUGAAUGCUCAGUAGCGGUUUGCCAAUCGACAGGAUCAUCUUCUUCCAAUGCCGGCGCCAUUGCUGGCGGUGUCGUUGGAGGUAUUGUGGGGUUACUGCUCCUCGUGGGUGUUGGGCUUUGGUUCUAUUUUAGAAACCGCCGCUCUGAUGAUAUGAGCUUGUUGAGUGAGAAAUAUGCCAGUGACGGUUCGCCAUUUGAAAACAGGUCCCAUCGUCCAUCAGUGGCUGCCAGUAUCACAACUGUCAACACGAACCAGGCCAGAGAAUCUAAUGUCAUUCCGGUUGCUUAUAUCCCAGGCGUAGCGGUUUUACCACCCAUGGGCGAGCGAGGUUCUGGAAUACCAUCGAUUCGCAACUCUAUUGCGACCACAAAUUAUCGUGCGUCCGUUCCCGAAAUGGUAAUGGCCGUCCAGGGGCAACCCAACCUUAUUCAAAUUACCGGAGACCCCACGUUGUCUAAUGCCUCCUUGAACUCAAUGCGGCCGCCUCCACCACCAAUGUCCCGUAAAUCGUCGCAAGCUUCAACAAAUGGGUCCGCGCGUUCAGGGCGAUCGGGGCGAUCGGUUGGAGUCGGCUCCCGCCCAGAGAAUGGUUCUGGUGACGUUGGAAGCACUAUGGUCGCCAUUCCUGAAGAUUCUACACCAAAUGUGGUUCCUUUACCACGAAUGCACCCCCCAAACUUGGUGGGAGAAUCAGUAUACUCAUCGCGGGUUUCCUCGACGUGGUCCUCGCACGAAAGAAUGAGCACCGUCAGCCACGCGUCUUCGACCGGCGAGUACCUUUCGCAGCUUCCGGAGGAGGCUUAUUUAUAUCACGGCGGUGGUUUCGACUCAUCCAGCGCCCGUAACUCAAACGCUGUCGAGAGGGAGGAUCUUGACUGA